AUGUCCCCCCCAACCCGCGUAGCCUUCAUCGGCCUCUCCGCCUCCGCCUGGUGGGCCGCCGCCGCCCACCUCCCAUACCUGAAAUCUUCGCCCGACUAUGAAAUCGUCGCCUUGUGCAAUAGUUCUGUGGAGAAAGCGCGGGCGGCGAUUGAGAAGUUUGAAUUGGGGAGGGGAGUGAGGGCGUAUGGUGAUGUUGAAGAACUUGCGAAAGAUAAAGAGGUUGAUUUGGUGGUAUGCUCUAUAAACGUAGCUCACCACUCCACCGCCAUCAUCCCCUCAAUCAAAGCCGGUAAAAACGUCUACGUCGAAUGGCCCCUCGGCCAUUCCCUCGCUGACGCUCAAUCCCUCCUCGAGUUGAAAAACUCGCAUAACAUCACGCUAGCGAACGUAGGAUUGCAAGCACGUCAAGCACCGCUCAUCUCUAAGGUGAAAGCGAUUAUUGAACGGGGAGGCAUUGGGAGGGUGUUGAGCAGCACGUGGGCAGGCCAUGGGAUGCAGGGUGGUGGGGAUGUGAGUGAAGGGAUGAAGUAUUUUCUGGAUGCAGGGGUGGGUGGAAAUUUUUGGACUAUUCAUGUUGGUCAUGCUGUGGAUUACGUGCAAGCUGUACUCGGUUACGGCUUCACCACUCCCCCCAAAACACUCCUGCAAACUCGCCGUCCAACGCUGAAAAUCACCGGCAAAGACGGGAGCGUCGUGGAUGAGGCGGCGAAAAUGGAAACUCCCGACACGAUAUUCUUGCACGGGACGCUCAAGAGCGAAGUCCCGCUCUCAAUGACCUUCCGCACCGGCGCGCCAUUCCCCGGGACACCAGGACUGGACUGGCGGAUUGCUGGUGAGGAAGGAGAGAUCAGGAUUACAGCCGGCGGUGCAUUUUUGCAGAUCGGGUAUGAGGAUGCAAAGGUAGAGGUGGUGCGGGGUGGAAAGGUGGAAAGCUUUAAGAUGGGUGAGUUUGGGGAGGAGGAGAUUGACGGGGUGCCGUUUGGGAAUGUGAGUCGAGUGUAUAGGGAGCUGAGGGAGGGGAGAGUGAAUUGUAGUUUUGAAGAGGCGGUGGAACUGCAUAAAGUGCUUGAGGAGGCGUGGAAGGGCAAUGGGUAUCCUGUUUAA